AUGGAGGCCCCACUGACCCCGAGGCGCGAGGGCAUCUCUUCUCUAGCCACGAGAGACUUUGACGUCGUAGACCUCUCCCCCGAUCAAAUCAUUCGGCGAUUGCCAUUGCGAGCAGCGACCUUCGACUUGAUGUCUUAUCAGUCGUUGGGCUCGCUCCGCAAGCAGUCCUGUGCGCACGCUUCCUACAUUUCUAUCACAUGA